AUGUUGCAAAUGCUUUGCCUUCAACAAAACCAGCUGAGUGGUGAGAUUCCACGUGAGAUCGGACAGCUCGAAAAGUUGCAAAUGGUUUUCCUUCAACAAAACCAGCUGAGUGGUGACAUUCCCCGAGAGAUUGGACAGCUCAAGAACUUGAAUUGGCUUGAUUUUAGCCAAAAUCAGCUGAGUGGUGAGAUUCCGCGCGAGAUUGGACAGCUCGAGAAGUUGCAAAAGCUCUUCCUUCAACAGAACCAGCUGAGCGGCGAGAUUCCCCAUGAGCUUGGGCAGCUCAAGAACUUGCAAUGGCUUUCCCUUUCCGAGAAUCAGCUGAUGGGCGCCAUUCCCGAUGAGCUUGGGCAACUCCAAUAUUUGGAGCAGCUUCUUUUUCAUUCCAACCAGCUGACCGCGAUGCCAUACGUCUUCAACAUGUCUUCCCUCAAAGUGCUUGACAUCAGUGAAAACCAAUUAAGUGGUGAGCUUGGGCGAGAGCUGUUUCCCCAGUUGCUCGAAGUCUUGGACUUGAGCCACAACAAGUUUGCUGGAGACAUUUGGAACAUCACAGACAAUUUUUGUGCAUUGAUUCCAAAAGGUGGAUCCUUGAAGGAACUUCGCUUGAAUCACAACAAGUUCACUGGUCAAAUACCGCCCUGUCUGAUGCAAUUUGAACGAUUGAAUUUUCUGGCUCUAAACGACAAUCGUUUCCAUGGAGCUUUGCCCGAGAUUGAAGCAUCGCAGCUUGUCAUUCUGACCCUGCACAAGAAUGCUUUGACAGGAGUGUUACCCAAAACCUUGUACACCCUUGCACACCUUGGAGUUUUGACGCUCCACGAAAACUCCAUUGGAGGUGGCCUCUCACGCCUCAAUUUGAGUGUACCGUGCUUGGACAACUCCAAGUUCAGACUAUUUGGUAUGUUGGACUGCAGAGCCUGCGGAACCAGUGCUUUUCAAUUUCCAGGCGACAUGCUUCAGCAGAUUAAAGUAAACUGCCCACAAACGUUGGAUGCCUGCCCGCACAAAGGCAUGGUCAACCUCACGUUGCAUCACAACCGCUUCUCGUGUGCAGUUCCAGAAAGCCUUGGCAACAACGAAGUUUCGGGCUUGGUGAUCAUGGGCAACAUGCUUGGCAAUGGAAGCUUGUUGAAUGCGCCUUGGAUCUCGCGAGAAGAGCAGCAACUGUUCUUGUACUAUUCCCCUCAAGUUUGGAAGUCCACCAUUCUGGUCCUGACAGGUUUUCUACUCCUGAUGACUUCUGCCGCUUUAUGCCGGAGAAAGCUCCAGACAAAACUGGAAGAAACAUCUCUGGGCUUGACUAACGACAUCGAAGCUCGCGUGGUGGCAUCAAACCUUGCACUGAUGAAGGCUGCGGUCUCUACCCUUCUACUGGCCAGUCCACUUCUCUUGAUCUUUGGUCUUGGUGGCAAAUACUAUGACUGCAGCCCGCUUUUGUGGCAAACGACAGCUGCAAACUUCAGUGCAGAAGGAUGGUGUGCCCAGUUUGGUGUGAUUGUCUUGUGGUGUGCAAUGCAAGUGCUAUUUCGUUGUAUUUUGGCAGGGAUCAUCAAACCAAGGAGAAGCCAUCGGAAAGCAGUCCGUGGGUGCAAGAAGAGAAUCACCAGAGUUACUGCCUGGGUUAUGUGGAUUUGCAUUGUAACCCUGCUGUCACUGCCUUCCAUAUUCUUCACCUUUGCCCAGUCGAUUCCAGCACAGAAUACAUGGGACCUUAGUGAGGCUGGGCUUACCUUCUUCCACGCGACUGCCCCAGUGCAAACAGUUCUGAUUGACAUGGUGCUGGCAGUGCCAUUGUCAAGCAAGUUUUCUAAACUGACAGGAUUGAAGGCAGACCGAUUGCUGAUGACCUUUCGGUUGUUCUCUGCAUGGCUGUUGGCUGCGCUUACAACAACAGCAUUGGAUGAGAACUGCUUGAGUGGCUGGAAACUAGCCUGGAAAGUUUGCGAAGAAGGAUCCAAAGAAAACAGCAAAUUCAACUGGAAGAUUUAUGAUGAAGAACUUCUGAACACCACCCGAGAUAUUUGUACAUUUACUGAAACUUGGUGGUCUGAUGGUCGCUGCAGCCGUGCCAUCGUGGGAGGUUUGACCCCAUUCCUCCUCAAGAAGCUUCUCACACGCAGCAUGUUGCAACCUUUGGUUUUAUGGACGAUGUGGCACUUCUCGCAAUUGGAACCUGCAGGUGAUCCAAGAGAAGGCCGGCACUGCAGGCUGUUUGGCGUUUGGCCUAAAAGCACCAAAUCAUUGAUACCUUUGCAGCAGAUGGCGUUGUUGACUACGCAGAUGGAAGUUUUGAUGUUUUGGUCACCCUACGUGCCUUUGCUGAGCCUGGGCAUCCUGGCUGCUGCUGUGACGAACUUCCUGAUGUUUGACUUGGGCAUUCGUUUUUACAAAGUGGAACUCCCUUUGGAUGAGGUCAACAAGGGUGCCGCUUUGUCAGUCUCGUAUUUGUACUUUGCGUUGGGAGCAGGAUCUCUUUUCCAACUUUGGCAUGCAUUUAGCACUCAGAUGUUCGGGCGAUAUUUUUUGCUGGCCGUUCACCUUGUGACCAUGGGCCCUUGGGCAAACGGCUUUCUGCCCAUCGGCUUGGUCCAACGCAGUUUCUGGGCUCCAAAUGACCUGCGUGAGACAGGGCUGAUCGAACUGACCCGCAUAGACAGUGUCUCCCCGUGCGCAAAGAUGGGGAACACCACCUGA